AUGAGCCGGAUUAAACCGGCUGGUCAUUGUGUCAGGUUGUGUGUGAGGCGAGCUGAAGACCGGUGGAGAGAAGAGACACACCUGCACACUUGCGCGUGCGCCUUGUGCAAACUGACCGCCGUCGUCUGGGCUACCCCAAUUGGGAUCAUCAAGUGCCGGGCUGACGGGGCCGACCAGAUCCCAUGGCCCGAGGCCGCUAGGCCUCAGAGUGGACGCGGCCCGGACGGCCUGGAACGAAAAGGUCCAGACCAUCCACUCUGCCGGACCGGGUCUACCGAAGGAAGAGAGGCGGACCGGUACCCCCACACCGAGGCGCACCAGUCCUCACCCUCCUCGGUGGCCAGAUCUCCCUCUCUGGUGCUCGGUCCCUACUCUUCUCGACCUUGGGCUUCUUCGCUUUGCCGUCUGGUUCGCGUCGAUACCGUCCGCUCAUCGUGUUUGCACAAGUGGUCAAUCGUGCAAAUUCCCCCCCUCCCCCCACUCUCCAUUCCACCCCACCUUUUGGUGUGUUGA